CUAUGUUCAAGGCACACCGCUUCAUACAUACACUGUUGUUAGCGACGUAGCAACCACGGUCAAUUUAAUUUUUGACAUUUCUACUUGCGACCACUUCUCUUAAGUUCACUUUUUUGUCACUGCCAGUUUAAUGCCUGAGUAGCGACUUUGUGUUUGGACUCCGUUGGACUGGUGCUCCAAGCUGUUGCUGGUGGCAGUCCUGCUGCGAGCCUCUUUGAAUAUGUGCAUACAAUGAAAAGGCGUGUGGAGGACCAGGAAUCAAUAUUUGCACCCCAGCAACAGCAUUUACGUCGCCCCCCAGUUCAAGCUAUUGCAGAGAGCUUCCAGCACCGGGCCCUAGCCCCGGCCCCUACUGUGAUUGAGGCAGCCACAGACACCAUGCAGCCAUCCACUGGUAUUCAGUAUUCCCUUCCCCAGGGCUACCAGGUGCCCACAAUGCCUCAGAGCACAAGUGGACAUGGACACAAUACUGCACCUCAUGUUGGUCCCCAUGCACAUAAUCUGUCAGUACCGCCCCAGGGUCCUGCAGUGAUCCAAGGUCAUGUCCAUCCACCUGCUCCCCUAAAUUCUACUCAAGGACAGCAGCAGUUUCAGCGACUGAAGGUUGAAGAUGCCUUGUCCUAUCUGGAUCAAGUGAAGCUGCAAUUUGGCAAUCAGCCUCAAGUGUAUAAUGAUUUUCUUGAUAUUAUGAAAGAGUUUAAGUCACAGAGCAUUGACACUCCUGGAGUCAUCAACCGUGUGUCACAGCUCUUCAAGGGCCACCCAGACCUGAUAAUGGGCUUUAACACCUUUUUGCCCCCUGGAUACAAGAUUGAGAUUCAAACAAAUGACCUAGUCAACGUGACCACACCAGGUCAGAUCCACUACAUCACCCCUCAAGGUAUUUCCGUUCAGAACAUCCCUCCAAGUGGAGCACCCAGCCAACCCACAAGCCAUCACCAGCACCAGACUCUGCCGCAGGCUGGCCCUCACACCACCACCACCACCACUACUACCACUACUCCUCCCAACCCCACCCCACCAGCUCCAAAUAAAACCAGCAAGCCAAUUCAGUCUCCAGCCCAUACACCCACCAGCCAGCCCAAUCCAUCGAUCCCAUCCUAUGUCUCCCCACGCUCACCCUCAAUUCAGUCCCACACUCCUGUAAGCAGCACACCAUCUAGUGGGCCACCUCUCCAGACCAACCAGCCUGUGGAGUUCAACCAUGCUAUAAACUAUGUCAACAAGAUCAAGAAUCGCUUCCAGGGUCAGCCGGAAAUCUACAAAUCCUUUCUGGAAAUCCUGCACACAUACCAGAAGGAACAAAGAAAUGCUAAAGAGGCAGGAGGUAACUACACUCCAGCACUGACUGAGCAGGAGGUCUACACUCAGGUGGCAAGGCUCUUCAAGAACCAGGAGGACCUGCUCUCAGAGUUUGGACAGUUCCUGCCCGAUGCAAACAGCUCAGUGAUGCUGAGCAAGGCUGCUCCAGACAGGGCAGAGUCAGUGCGCAACGAUCAUGGUGCAACUGUAAAGAGACCUUUACCAAACAACAAACAAAGGUUGAGCCAGAACGGCCUGCCAAUCAGAAGACCAUCUGGUGUGGGAGCCACGCCGCCUCUCAAGAAGAAACCCAAAAUAAUGGGGAAGGACCACAGCUUGACUGAUGUCAGCAAACACAGUACCAGCACUGAAACUAUGUUCUUUGAGAAGGUGAAGAAGGCUCUUCGGAGUUCUGAGGCUUAUGACAACUUCCUUCGAUGCCUGCAUAUCUUCAAUCAGGAAGUUAUUUCUCGUGCCGAGUUGGUCCAAUUAGUCAUCCCAUUUCUUGGAAAAUUCCCAGAACUUUUCACCUGGUUUAAAAACUUCCUGGGCUACCGAGAGUUUAGCCAUGGGGAGCAGAGCCAUGCUGAGAGUUUACCCAAGGAGCGUGCAACAGAGGGCAUUGCCCUGGAGAUUGAUUACACGUCCUGCAAGAGGCUGGGAUCCAGCUAUAGAGCUCUGCCCAAGAGCUACCAGCAGCCAAAGUGCACAGGACGGACGCCACUGUGCAGAGAGGUUCUGAAUGACACAUGGGUGUCUUUUCCAUCUUGGUCUGAGGAUUCUACAUUUGUGAGUUCUAAGAAGACACAAUAUGAGGAGCACAUUUACAGAUGUGAGGAUGAACGCUUUGAGCUGGACGUUGUGCUGGAGACCAACCUUGCCACGAUACGAGCCCUGGAAGCCGUGCAGCGGAAGCUAUCACGGAUGUCCGCUGAGGAGCAGUUGCGCUUCAAGCUGGACAACACAAUGGGUGGCUCCUCAGAGGUCAUUCACCGUAAAGCAAUUCAGAGGAUAUAUGGAGACAAGGCCCAUGACAUCAUUGACGGGCUUAAGAGGAACCCAGCUGUGUCCGUACCCAUAGUCCUCAAAAGAUUGAAAAUGAAGGAGGAGGAGUGGAGAGAAGCCCAGAGAGGCUUCAACAAAAUCUGGCGGGAGCAGAAUGAAAAGUAUUACCUGAAGUCUCUGGACCAUCAAGGCAUCAACUUUAAGCAAAAUGACACUAAAGUGCUGCGCUCAAAGACCUUGCUCAACGAAAUUGAGCUGCUAUAUGAUGAUCGCCAGGAGCGAGCAUCCGAGGAAACUACCACACCUCCACCGAGCGGCCCACACAUGACCCUGACCUAUGAUGACAGCCAGAUUCUGGAAGAUGCGGCUGCCCUCAUUAUUCACCACGUUAAAAGACAGGUGGGCAUCACAAAAGAAGACAAGUACAAAAUCAAGCAGAUCAUUCACCACUUCAUCCCUGACCUGCUGUUUGCGCGGCGAGGUGAGCUCUCCGAUGUUGAGGAGGAGGAAGAAGAGGAGGAGGAAGAGGACAUGGAGAUAAAUCAAGAUAGCCCCAAGAAGCACAAUGGCUUGUUAGGUGGCAGCCCAUCAAAGUCAAAGCUCCUCUUCAGCAACACAGCAGCGCAGAAGCUACGGGGAACAGACGAUGCCUAUAACUUGUUCUUUGUGAACAACUACUGGUACAUCUUCUUACGUCUCCACCACACUCUCUGCUCUCGUCUGCUGCGAAUCUACGAGCAAGCCGAAAAGCAGAUUGAGGAGGACAACCAUGAGCAAGAGUGGGAAAGAGAAGUGUUGGGACUCAAAAGGGAGAAAAAUGAAAAUCCAGCAAUUCAACUGAAAAUGAAAGAGCCGAUGGAUAUUGAUGUGGAAGACUUUUACUCUGUGUUUCUGGAAAUGGUGCGCAACCUUUUGGAUGGAAACAUGGAGCCAGUUCAAUACGAAGACUCUCUGAGGGAAAUGUUUACCAUCCAUGCCUACAUUGCCUUUACCAUGGAUAAACUCAUCCAGAGCAUUGUCAGACAGCUGCAGCACCUUGUCACUGAUGAUGUUUCUGCACGCGUAACGGACAUGUACCUGAGUGAAAGUGCCAAUAAAGCAACGGGGGGCACACUGUCCACACAGACAUCAAGGACCACAGCUGAGGGGGUCUACCAGCGCAAGGCAGAACAACUCAUGACAGACGAGAACUGCUUCAAGUUGACGUUUGCAAAGAGCCGGGGAUCUGUCAGUUUGGCCAUGGAGCUGCUGGACACAGAAGAGGAGAUCUCUGAUGAGCCGGCAGAGGCAGAGAGGUGGUCAGACUACGUGAGCAGAUACCUGAACUCAGAUUCUGCAUCCCCAGAGCUGCGUGAACAUUUGGCCCAGAAGCCGGUGUUCCUCCCCAGGAAUUUAAGGCGAAUAAGAAAGUGCCAGAGAGGAUGGGAGCAACUGCAGCAGGAGCGAAUGACUAAGGCUCCCUCGGUCAAGUCGCUGGACAGUAACAUGGGGCUGAAGAUGGAGUGCAUGUUCAAGCUCAACUCCUACAAGAUGGUCUAUGUGUGCAAGUCGGAGGACUACAUGUACAGGCACACAGCACUCACACGGGCACACCAGUCCCAAGAAUGGGUGAACACACGUCUGCACAGACGCUUUCAGGCGUGGCUGGACACUUGGGCCAAAGAGCAUGUGACCAGUGACAUGGCUGCCAACAGCCGCAAGUGGCUGAUGGGAGACGAACGAGACGACCUGUUGCCCUGCACCACCUCCUGCUGCCCAGAGGUCCUACAUUAUCUCAAUGUGAACAAGUACCGGGUGAAGUACAGAACAUUGUAGUCCCUCUGCUCUAAAGAUAAACUGUGGCAGUGAUGCUCGUCUCACAGCAAACUGCUGGGGUUGGUUUUAAGUUAUUCUGUAGCGUCAUAUGGAUUUUCUCCUGCUGGCUGCUACUGGAUUUAGUUGCCAAAAUCUUUUCAGGUUGUCAGUCCACGAUACAAAUGGGGUUGUAAAUUCUCCCACCUUGUGGAACCAUGCGAGACAUUAUUCAGGAACUGUGUCUUAACUUUCAAACUUACACAUGUUUGCAGCGUAUGUGACAUAGAGGUGAUGCAGGUUCGGUUUUUGUCCCAUAUACACAAUGACACACAAUCUCCUUUUGAAUACUUUCACAAUUUUAACUAAAACGUUAGGUGCGCAAAAACUCGAAAAUGAAAAAUGUUUUUCCUUUUUCAUUUAAAAACUGCCUCGUCAUUUCACAGGACGUCAAAACAAACGACCUCAGCUUGUCUCUUUAGGUAGCAACAACAAGUACCUGUUACCUCAGUUGAAAUGUAUGUACUUGGAGCUUUAUCUGGCUUCCAGCUGUAAACUUGUAUAUCCUGUGAAUGUUUUUUUUUUUCAGUGGUGAAGAUGCAGCACUGCACCCACUACAUAUAAAUAAAUAAAAUGUGUCUGGCACCUGCUGGGUAGAUGCUUGGAGUGGGUGCAACGCCAGCAGUGUGUACUAAGUAUAAUUUAUGACCACACAAAUGUUUUGUAUAAAUGUGAUGUUUAUAUCUAGAUUUUCUUCUUUUUUUUAAUCAAAUGUCAUUUGUGUGUAGUGUACAUUAACAGAUGCUUAGCAUCAAUCUUUAGCGACAGAUUGCAAAGAAGUUUAUAAAGAAGAUGGUAAAUUUUAACUUUUUUUUUUUUACCGAAGGAUCUUUGUGGUCUGAUCAACAUGUCAUUCUUGUGUCGUCGGAAUCUCUGCAUUUCACUUUUUCCAAACCCUCCUCAGUAACACUCAAGAUUUUACGGUGAUUGAAUGUAGCUGAGCAGCAAGUUGUUCUUCUGAAAGUACACUUCAUGUCCUAGUUUCAAAGUACUGACGUCUCAACAGUACCAUGAACUUUUUUUUCUUCUAUUCAAACGUUACCAAAUGCUAGAAUCAGACAUGGAGUGUCAUGUGUUUGUUUUUUAUGUGCAGUGUUGAUGACAAACACUGACUGAUGCGUAUAGUAGGUUUAUGUGUGAAUGUCGGCCUCGUAUACAGUUGAAAGACUAACAUUACAAACAAGCAAUAAUUCCACUUCAUUAAAGCUGUUGGUUUGUGUUUCCUGCUGAAAUACAAAUGUGAAUUGUGUUUUCCCGAGGGAUGUCAACUGAGUGUGUUUUUUGUUUAGUUUUUUUCAUAUAUAUACAUACAUACAAG